GAGAGGGAAAGAACCCAAAGACAUCUUUGACAGAGCUCUUUUCUUGGCUCCUACUCUCUACAGAUUUUACAGAGCAAAGUACGAAACUGAGAUUCCUUCGUCAAGUUUUAUUUGUAAAAUUACAGGUUUGCAUUUAAUUUAUUGGCAACCCCCGGAAAAUGUUCACCUUGCUGCUGCUUUUGAUUAAGAUGGGGGGAUUAGUGGCUCUUCUCAACAGCACAGACCAAACAGUUACCGUCUCCAAAAAUCUAGCAGAACAAGUAAAUAUUACCGACCCUGGGGAGCAAUGCAAUGUCAAAUGUCACCUACGGAAUCUAAAUUUAGAUGCGUUUCCAGCAUGUCUUUCUCAAACGAUAGAGGAGUUGGAUUUGAGCUUCAACAGCAUAACUGUAAUUGAGGACCAUGACGUGGUUGACCUUUCCAAGCUCCGCAUCUUGUCUUUAGCACACAACCAAAUCAAAGAGAUUCACUGGGGAAUUCAUGUCCUGCCUGAACUGGAGUCACUGGACCUAAGCAAUAACUUGUUAAAAGUUGUACCAAAGUGUCUAAUGUUGAAGAAUCUCAGAAAGCUAUCCCUUGCUGAAAAUCUCAUAUUUCACAUCCAACCAUUUGCCUUUUCCUGUUUCCCAAAUCUGAUGUCACUUAAUUUAUCAUUCACGUUGAUUGGAGCCAUUCGGAGCACAAUGGGAGACAUUGCCGAGUCAGCUUUUGCACUUAAUGCAACACAAGCCCAAGAGGAUUCCUUAAAGUCACUCCAGUUACUUGAUCUAAGUGGUACAGACAUUAGAAGUGUGAAUCAUUUAUGGAGCAAAGAUCUACCAAACCUGAGGGAGCUUCGCAUGAAGGAGAUGACUGUCAUGGAAGUUCUAGAAGAUGAUCUGAUCACAUCAUUUCCACACUUGACUCUUCUAAACUGCGCCAAUUCAAAGGGAAUCCAUGACAUCAGAACAGAAAUAUUUGAAAAUGCAGCAAAUCUCAAGUAUCUUAAUUUUCAAAACUGCAACCUCAAAGAUCUCUCUCCUUGGAAUAUCACUUCAGAGUCUUUAACUAUUGACCUUCGUGGCAAUCCAUUAACGUGCGACUGUAAACUCCAAUGGCUGCUUUCAGACCAAAGAAAUCUCUCCUUGAUAAGACCAAAUGAAACUUUCUGCAGUUACCUGAAAGGAGACGUAUCAAGCAUUUCAUUACUUGAGCUACACAAGCAAUGCAAGUUAAUGCAGACUGAGCCCAAUAUUGAAACUCAGGACUCGGUGACCUCCAAUACUGCAGUAACGGAAUCCGAUUUUCUACCAGGAACAACAGAAGACUCAUUGACCUCCCCAAUAACACCACCUACAAUAGGACAAAAGUAUUUUCUCUUAGAAAACACUACGGAUUUUACGGCCACUGUUUCUGAAAAUAACUCAGCAACUUCCUUCCCCAUAACACAAUCUGGUAUGAACACCCCAGGAACAAGUGAAAGCGAUUACUUACCUAAAGAAAUCACAUUGCCCAUUAAUGCCACCGACAGAACAUUAACUGAACACAAGUUUCCAGAAAGUGGAAGUUCCAAUGGGGAACACUUGGACAUCCCAAGAGACUACCCAGAGGAAUAUGAAGAAGAAGAGACUGUGACAACAGUAGAAACCAAAAUGACUGCAUGUGACUACAACCAUUGCAGACAUCUUCAAACACCUUGCUCUGAGCUUCAACUGCUAAGCCCAUGUUUGUGUCCAGGUCUUUCGAGCAAUAAUAUCAUUCCAGAUCCACCUUAUGUACAAGGAGUAUUUGAGAUAACAGACACCUCAGCUCAGAUUCUUUGGUGUUCCCCAAAUUCUGUAGUGGAAAAGUACCAGCUAGUUUAUCAGCCCAAAAGUGGCGCUAGUGAAACGGUUGAUAACAUUUACAUGACAAUGAGACAGUACACGCUAUAUAACUUAGUGCCCUAUACGACAUAUAAGGUUUGUGUGUUGGCUUUUAAUAAGAAGGGGCAUAGUGUGCCGAUAAACACCACAUCAAGCACUUCAUGUACUGAAUUCGAGACCAGACCCAGCUACAUUCUCAUACUUUCCAUAGUGAGCACGCUAGCUGGGCUCUUUUUAGUCACCAUUGCUGUGCUUUCUACUUGUCUAUACAAAGCUUGUAAAAAUAACAUGGUCGGCAAAUAUGAUACGCGACUCGUGUCCUAUAAGAACCCUGCUUUUGAAUAUCAAUGCACUAUCCCAUCAUAUCAUUAAAAUAUUGUUACAAA